CGGCGGCUCCCGGGUAGGCGGUGGGCGAUUUCCGGCAAUAAAUCCCGACGGGCCGCCGUCAGGUGCCGGCUGAGGGUUGUCAGUGCGCCAGGUGGGGCCCGGACCGUCGGCGCGCCAGGAGAGCUAUGCCAUUUUUGGGCCAGGACUGGAGAUCUCCUGGAUGGAGCUGGAUUAAAACAGAAGACGGCUGGAAAAGAUGUGAACCCUGGACUGAGGGACUUGAAGGAGAGAAUAACCGGUGUGGCGCCAGCCACGGCACUAUCUUAAAUAGUGAAGAUGAAGAAAUAUUCAAUAACGAAGAGCAUGAAUAUGCAUCCAAAAAAAGGAAAAAGGACCAUUUUAGAAAUGACAGAAAUACUCAGUGUUUUUAUCGUGAAAAAUGGAUCUAUGUCCAUAAAGAAAGCACAAGAGAAAGACACGGCUACUGCACUUUGGGAGAAGCUUUUAACCGCUUAGACUUCUUCAGUGCGGUCCAGGACGCCCGGAGGUUCACUUACGUGGCCAGACUGUUGCAGCUGAUCGCAAAGUCCCAGCUGACCUCGCUGAGCGGUGUGGCCCAGAAGAACUACUUCAACGUUCUGGAUAAAAUCGUUCAAAAAGUUCUCGAUGACCACCAAAACCCUCGCCUAAUCAAAGAUCUUCUCCAAGACCUAAGCUCUACCCUUUGCAUUCUAAUUAGAGGAGUGGGGAAGUCCGUUCUGGUGGGAAAUAUCAACAUUUGGGUUUGCCGGUUAGAAACUAUUCUCAACUGGCAACAGCAGCUACAGAAUCUUCAGAUGACUGAGCAGGUGGACAGCGGCCUGACGCUCAGCGACCUUCCCGUGCACAUGCUCAGCAACAUCCUGUACAGGUUCUCGGAUGGGUGGGACAUCGUCACUCUGGGUCAGGUGACCCCGACGCUGUCCGCGCUUAGCGAGGACCGGCGGCUGUGGAAGAAGCUCUGCCAGUACCACUUCGGCGAGAAGCAGUUUUGUAGACACUUGAUCCUUUCAGAAAAAGGUCACAUCGAAUGGAAGCUGAUGUAUUUUGCGCUUCAGAAACAUUACCCCACUAAGGAACAGUACGGAGACACACUGCACUUUUGUCGGCACUGCAGCAUCCUCUUUUGGAAGGACUGCCGCCUUGCUUUAUUACUCGAGGACUCGGGCCACCCCUGCACGGCCGCCGACCCCGACAGCUGCUUCAUGCCCGUGUCCCCGCAGCACUUCAUCGACCUCUUCAAGUUCUAAGGGCCCCGCCGCGCCGUGGCCUGGGCAGCGUGGUAGGACGUGUCCUCCGUGACUGAGCCGUGACCUGGUGCCCAGGCUGGAGGGUGUGGAGGGACGUGGAAAACUGCCCUCGCAGCUGCGGGCAGGAGCACCUGUUGUUUCCACCUUUGAAGCGGGGUCAGGGAACCCAAGGAAAAUCAUUUCUACUUCCUUCUUUAAAAAAUUCGUUUCCUCUAAGCGCAUUAAAAUGUGCAACUUUGCAUGUUUGUGAAUGUGGUUCAAAAAGAGUGUAUUUUCAGCACCACAUUCUGUGCUGAACUGACACUAACAGCCAAGCAUAUGCUUCUUAAUUGUCAAAUGAUAGUUUCCUGAUUUUGUAGUGAUUGGGGGUGGGGAUAGAUCAUUGAUCCUUGUAAGGACAUUGUGCAGAAUAUUUAUUUUUCUUGAGAUGUAUUUUAACUGCAUUGGUCGUGUCCAUAUGAAUCCUGUUGGAUACAGAAGGAACCCAGGGAAGUAUGUGCAUGUCUUCUGGGUGCUCAGCGUUGGGUUGUGAAUUGUGCAGACAUCCGAGACCCGCAAAGGCGUGAGUCUGGGGCUGUGGUCCUGGGCUCAUGGCCCGAUGCUGGCAGGCAGGGGCCCUGACCUGGGGGCCAGCCCAGUGUGACCUGCACUGUACUGCUCUGAAUCCCCUUUUGCAGGCAAAGUGAUAAAUCAUGUUUAUCUACCGAUUUUAACUUCAUCAGUUUUGCAUCUUACUGAAGGAAGUAGUAUCAAUGAUUUUGAUAUCAUUUAUUGAAACCUUUCAAAGAUUGUUUUAUUUUAAAAAUAUUGCAUGUACAUUUUAGAAAAUUUUGAAAAUAAAGGUUUAUAAAAGAAUAAAACUUGCAUAUAACCCUGCCACACAGAGAUAGCUGUGCCUGCCAGAAGGAAUGCAGGAAUGGCCCUGGCAGGUGUAGGGGAGACUGAACAGGGUCAAGGCCCAAGCAAAGUCAUUUCUACUUCCUUCUUAGCACAUGGAAAUUUGCUGUUUUGCAUAUUUGUAAAUAAAGAGUCUGUAUUUUCACUA